UUCUAGGUCUUAAUUGAAAGGAAAAAACAACCUGCAGACACACGGCCCUCCGUGGAAUGAGUUUUGACACCUCUGUCUUCAUGUAUACUUUUUAAAUUACAUUGUGAGCUAAACAAAAAAUAUAUAACAUUUCCCUUAAAGUAUACGUUUUAGAAAUGACUAAUGAUACUGUCCCCACUACCAAAAAAACAAUACAAAUUAUAUUUGGCCUUAAUAUUUAAUAUAAAUACUGUAGAAUUCCAUUAAUUCCUAUGGAGGACUGCUCCUACUGGGGAGUGUUAUUGAGAACCCAAGGGGGACUUUCAACACGGGGACCCCUCAAGGGUGUGUGCUUAGUCCCUCCCUGUUCACCCACGACUCCAACACCAUCAAGUUUGUUGACGGCAAGACGUGGUAGGCCUGAUCACCUUCGGCAAUGAGACAGCCUACAGGGAGGAUGUCAGAGACUUACAUGCUGACCACACCGGCUCGCGUCGCGUGGGUGAGCGUUGCAAAAUAAAUAUACACAUGUUAUUCAGUCAUUGCACCCACAUUGCUCGCAAGCGUCUGCGUAGCCAGGUGCUAAAAUAGAGCUUGGUUCUAUUUGUGACUCUUAACGCUCUGCAAGUCCCACCUCUCCCAACUCCUCAUUGGUUUUUAGGAGUUUAUACCUACUUGGGUGAUUGAAAGAUGAACUGAGGUGCACGCUCCAGUUGGUAGUGGUUAUGCACCUUAAAGUUGGUUGCCAACUGCCAUAUAAAGUCCAAAGAAGAAGCCUGAAGGAGGAGAGAUUACUAGAAAACAAACUUUUACCCUUUUAUCUGUGGAUUAAUUAUCGGAGUAGAGGACCCUGUGCAUUUCAGGAUGGCGGAGCCAGGCUCAAGCGACCCUGGUGGCCCCUCUAGCACUCCAGCAACGCCUGGAGGGACUGGCAGGGGCUUGGUGAUGGGACGCCGGCUUCCAGCUACCCUCUCCACCGGCCGCUUCCCUUCCAUGCGCACCAAAGACCUCACCUUAGGAGGGGUGAAGAAGAAAACCUUCACCCCUAACAUUAUUGGCAGAAAAGCUAAAGAAGAGCAGAAGGUUGAGGCUGGGCAAAGGAGGGAAAGGAGAGAGAAUGAUCGGGGUCGUGAGCGAGGUGGUAGGGGAGGUCGGGGCCGGGGACGUCCAGAAGUCAUCCAGUCCCACUCUAUCUUUGAACAAGGGCCUGCAGAGAUGAUGAUGAAGAAAAGAGGUGGCUAUGAAGGUGAGAGAGAUGCACCAAGUGUGGGUCCCUCACCCAUCAUCAACAUUAAGAAGGAGAAGAGGGAGACAGAGGAAGAGACCAAAGAAAUUUUGCGCAAUCUGGAACGAGACAAUUUCCUGGAUGACCCUCACCUAAGGAGUGAUGUAAGGAGCUGCCCUGUUCAGCUGCCCCUGGCUGUGUCAGGGUGGGGAUUCAAGGAGGAAAGUGAUGUCACUGAUAUAGCCUUCAAACCAGACAAGUCUGAGGAGGACAUUGAGGCCAUGGAGGGAACAAAUGCAGUCAAAGUGAAGCAGGAGCCAGAAGAUGCUCCAGAGGUCAAGAAGAUGGAACCCACUUUCAGACGACCUCCACUCCCUGAGCCUGAAGUUUUACCUGAACUGCUGGACACCUGGAGUCAGAGCAAAGUGGAGGAGCUGUUCUUCAUCCAGCUCCCCGACUCUCUACCAGGGCAGCCGCCCACCCGAGAGGUCAGGCCAGUGAAGACAGAGAUGCAGUCAGAGGAUGGACAGUCCAUGCUAUUGAAAACUGAAUCUCAAGAGGAGCAGCAGGAGGACAACAGUUGCCAUCUGAGAGACCUGCAGGAGGGUCUGGUGGGACGACUGUUGGUUCGGAAGUCUGGUCGGGUGCAGCUCAUACUGGGGCAUGUCACACUAGAUGUGGCUCUGGGAACCUCAUGCGCUUUCCUCCAGGAGCUGGUGUCAAUUGGAACAGGAGAGGGCCGGACUGGUGACUUGUCAGUGCUGGGUCACAUCAAACACAAAUUGGUCUGCUCGCCAGACUUCGAAGCCCUGCUGGAGAACAGAGUAUGACAAACCUGGACAGGACUAACAGGACAAAUAUAAGCACCCACCAUUAGGCCAGGGUUUCUACAGUACAGUGGGGACCACAUACAGAAUAACACAGACCGUGCAGUGCUGUAUAAGGUCUAUAAGGACAGUAGUACCACAAGCAAACAUGGCACCUAAAACCUAUACAUGUUUUUUCAAGGGUCCAUUGUUGUAACUUGGCCCUGGAUAGUUUCAGAAUGUGAAAUAGAAAGUCUUGUAAACAGAUUUCCUACCACUAGUUUGUAAGAAAAGCUGGCUUGUUUACAGAACAUUUUAUUUAUUUUUCUCUGCUGAAAGUGAUAGGAAAAGAUUACCUUGCUUGAGAUGUGUUCUAAAUGACUCUAAUAAAGGGAUGGUACCGUUUUCUCUCAUUAAAAAUGAUUAGCCUACAUGAAUGUACCAAAUUCCAAAUGUUCUAUUUAAUGAUGUAGUGAUAAAGAAAAUAGGUGGGUAAACUCUGAUUGCCGGUCGUGCUGUAAAAAUGAACGUGAUCUAUGCUUCCAUUUUAAUUGUCUUACUGUCAUACAAAAAAGGUGGGUAAACUUUCUCACAAAGGUGGGUAAACUGCAUUUACUUGUGUUUACCAUCUACUACACCACCUGUCCUAUUCCAGUUUUGUAAGCAGAUCACACUAUCAGGUCCAAGCUUGGGAGGGAUAAGUAGAGCAGUAAUAUUUCCCAGGUGGUAUCCUGUAAACCCAUACCUAAAUGACUGGAUGUAAGAUGAAUAAAAAUAACAAAAGUUC